AUGGCGACGUCUCUCGCAGUUCCAAUCGCAUACAUCACGGUGCUCGUCACCUCGCUCGCGAUCUUCUCGCGCAUCUACCGUCGCAGGCAGGCUGCCGAGAAGACGUCGUUUGAGCCAUGGUUCCCCGCCCAUCCUGCCCGCGACAUUUACAUUACCCUCCUCUCUGCCGACCCUCCCGUGCCCGAGAGCAUGCUCAAGAGCGCGCUCCUUGUCCGCGCGACCGCCGAUGUUAAGCGUAUUUGGCGUAUCAAGGAGGACAAGCAGGCCCUCAUGGGCUUGCAUGAGCGCGGUCUCGUCGGCGACGACACGAUGUCCAGGUUCACCACUGCCGAGAAGGAGCUCGAGGCCGAGAUUGUCGAUGUUGUCAGCGAGGCAAACACCUUCCGCCAGGGCUGGGGUGCGAUGAUCUUCGCCACGGCCUCCGAGAUGGCACAUGCCGAGAAGACUCGCGACACUGUUAUCAACAUUGCCAAGGUCAAGGCUCUUGAGGAGAAGCGCCUCUCGCUCCGUGCCAAGCUCCUCGGCCUCCCUAUCAUCCAGCAGCAGCUCCAGCAGCAGCAGCAGCCGUCUCCCGCAAAGCUGUCGCCUGCUGCAUCCCCCGCUGUGUCCGCCCCGGGCUCCCCCCAGCCGGGCUCGAUUCAGCUCGACUCGGGCGCGUCGACCCCCUCCAAGAACACUCCUAAGAAGACCAAGACCGCCAGCAAGAAGAAGUAG